AUGUGUAGCUUUACUAAAUUUAUAGGAUUUUUAUUUCUAACAACAAUUUGGAUUAUACCAAAUUGCGAUUUGGCUGUCGUGAAAUUCACCUACAUCCGCUGCAAAUCUCUCGAUCCGAAUCUGGUACGCAUUCAGCGGUGUUACACAAGGCCAAUUUCCCGAAAUGUUACCGAGACCUCGCUGCUUGUUAGCCUGGCAAGGGCUACAUCGAAUAUUACCGUGCGCUUAAGCUUUAUGAAGAAAUCUACGGAUUAUUCGUUGUACUUCGGCGAAAGAACUUACGAUGCUUGUAAAUUUCUCGCCAAUCGAAAAUUAUAUCGCAUUGCGGAUUAUCUAUUCGGAAUUAUCGAGGAAUAUUCGAAUAUGAAUCACUCGUGCCCAUAUCAGGGUGACAUAAUCAUUGAUCGUUUUCGCAUACGAAAUGACAAAUUGACCUGGGUACCCAUGCCUGAGGGGGAAUAUGCAAUUUAUACCUUUUGGAAAAUUGAUGGUAAAUCAAGCGCUGAAUUUAAUUUAUUUUUUAUCAGCUAUCACUGGCAUGGCAUAUUCAGCUAA